AUGCCGGCCGUGCCCGAAUGGUCAAAGUUAGGCCACGCAGGCGUCAUUACCUGGAUGGUCCACCUCUCGGACUACUCGUUUGACUUGUUCAAACGAGAUUUCAUCACAAGGGUGUCGGUCGAUCGCGAACAUGUCUGCACGCAUUUGAGGAAGUUGGAGUUGGAGGGCAAUAAGAUCCAGUGGCGGUGCACGAUCCACAACAAUCUUGUUUUCGGAGUCGCCCGCAACACGGCAGUCACAUCCGAGGAAGAAUGGUUGAACUUUGUGACGGAGGUAGCUUGCAACCCCGGGAAUGAGGUCAAAGUGAAAAUCACCAUGCAGGACCCAUCAGUCCUGGAGAAGCAGGCUGCCGCGUUCACUCCAGCCCGGGUCACCGCAAACGGGAUCGUCCGCCCCCCCCGGAUGAUCCAUGAUACACCGACGCCGGCUCGGGUUGGUUCGGAUCGCGCGAAGGCGGGGGCCUCGCGGGCAACAACCAGUACACCCCAAGCGGCGCCGCCACCGAUUCAACCCCCUUCACCUCGGAUCCCAGUGCCCGCCGUGUCCUAUUGGGGGGAUCCUUGCGACGGCGAGAUGGCUCCUAUAUCCCAACCACGCGUCCCCAUAAACGCCCGGGUGGGGGUGCCCAUCCGAUCAGAAUCCCCUCAGGGGUUGCCUGACGUCAACUAG